AUGUCAAAUGAAGCCAGUUCGGAGCAGAAGCUUUCUACAACAACAGUCAGUUCAGUUGCUGUUCAGGCUGGGGAUGCCAGUAUUGUUAUAGCUGUACUUAAGUGUGGAAAAUGGGUGAAGCUUCAGCUGGCUGAAUCAACACCAAAUUUAUUAGAAAUUGGCAGCAAUCAAGAUGAGACUAAAAAACUACUGCAAGAUCAUGAAUUCCUCCUAGCUAAACUUAAGGCUUUGGAAGACCAGGUAUGGGACCUGCUGUAUGAAGCAGACAAGGCUGCAGAGGAGAACAAAGAAAAUAGUCAGGUUUAUGAUGCCAUGGCGGAGACCCUUGGGGAUGCAUGGGAUGCCCUCAUCAUUAUGUUAGAGAAACGACAGGCACUUCUGGAACUUACUUCAGUGUUCUUUGAAAAUGCUCUGGAGUUUGCUGUUAAAAUUGACCAAGUUGAAGAUUUCCUGAAAAAUGCCCAGGAGUUUGACAACAUUGACUCUUUGAGAGAACUCCUUCUGCAACAAGAGCAUCAUACAAAAGAGCUUUUGGAAAAGUCACUUGCACUUUUAAACAAAAGCCAAGAGCUAACUGAAUUUAUAGAAGAAUUCAAAUGUGAGGGGCCAAAUGCAAAUACAGAGCUGAUUCAGGGAGCCCACAGCAGCUGCUUGAAAAUUGACAAUCUCCUUGAAGUGCUACAAGACAGGAGGCGGCAACUGGACAGAUUCCUUAAACAUCAGCGCCAAGGACUGGAGCAGGUUCUGCAAAUUUGUUUGUGGCACCAACAAGAGAACCAGGUAACAUCUUGGUACAAGAAAAACAUCAGAGAUUAUUUUCACAAGCAAAACUUAGGCUCAUCUCUAUUGGAAAAUGAAGAGUUACUUCAAGAGCUUGAAGAAAUGGAAGUCAAAGUGAAAGAAUGGAAUUCCACUGUGGAACAACUGGAAGCUGAAGCACUUAAGAUCUUGCUUUCAGAGGACUAUACAGAAAAAGAACAUCUAAAGCUUUCAAAUCAGAAAAUCUGUCUGUUGCAAGAAGAAGUGUGCUUCCAUAUGGAAGAAAGGAAAGCGCUGCUACAGGAGGCCAAUGACUUUUUUCAUACUGCUGGCAAGGUACUUGAUGGUCUUGAAGGUAUUGAGAAUUACCUUAAAAUCUUUAAUUCAGAAAGCUUAUACUUGCCUAUCUUGACAAAGAAGUAUGAAGAAUUACAGGAAGCAAUUAAAGGUUGCACAGCAAGUACCUUGCAAAAGGGACAAACUUUACUUAACAAAGCAGAUUCUCACAGCUCUUGGGUGACAGGAAUUCAGAAAAUGAUGCAAUAUGUUCAAAAAAAAGUAGAUAAAUUAAUCAGGCAGUGUCCAGAUUAUAAGGAACUUACUUUAAAGAAACAACAAUGGACUGCAUCACUUGAAGAUCAUCUAAAUAAGGUAUCGCAGUCGAUUAAAAAAAUCACCCCGAUGCUUGCAGUUGGUAUGGAGAUUGGUUCAUAUUUGUGCGAGUCGGAAAGAGUUUUGAACAAACACCUUGAACUGGCUAAACAAACUAAGGAAACAUCACAUGAACUGGAAGCAGCUGAGAGAAUCAUCAAAGUUAUGGAAGAGUUUGAACCUGAGCAGGUGGCAGCUUUUUCUAGCAGAACUGACUUUCUGAAUGAAGCACUGAAAAAAAUUGAAAAAAAUAUUAGUUCAAAACUAGAAAUUCUAGAAACUUAUGUGGCCUUUUUAAAGUCAGCUAUGGAGGUGAAUGAUGAUAUUCAAAAUCUGAAGGAAUUUUAUAGAUCAGAACCACUACAAACAAACAGGGAGGCUGAAAAUAAAAUUGCAAUGGAGUCAGCUAAUACACAGUGGCAAAAGGCUAUAAAGAAAAUUUUUUCCACCCAAAAUAUGGGUUGCAAUUUUGUUAAUUUGAUAAAUAUGGUAAAUGAGAGUUUAAUAUUAAAAGCGGAAAAAUCUGUACGAGUAACAGAAGAUAUUAUUGUUAAUCUGAGUAAAGAAAAGAAAGAGCUGACCGAUCUUUGGGCAAUCUGGAAUUUUAAAAAUACUCAAGUAAGACCCAUCAAACAACAGUGCCGGAUAUUUAAAGAACAACUAAAAGUUACUACCCAUGGAUUAGAGGUUCUUCAAGAGGCACUCCAGCUUGCAACAACAGUUGACCUUGAAAGUGACCUUUUUAUUGUUUUGGAACUACAAAAAAACUUUAAUCAAAUGAAACCACAGUAUCAGCAACUGAAUGCUGAACUUGAGUACCUGAUAAAAUUAUUAGAAUUGCCAAGCCAGAAAGGAUUUCCUGUGAAAGAGAAUUCUGAAAGAAUAAGUGAGCUUAUUCAUCUCCAUCAAACAGUAAAGGACACAAUGACAGAAUACGAUGAGAUUUUCAACAAGACAGUCAAAUUCCAUCACAUUAAAAAAGAACUGGAAUAUCUAUCAAAAUCAGGAGAACUGGAUAUUCCUGAAAUAUGUGAGGACCCUGAAAAUGUGCACUAUGCUAAAGCCUACCUUGUGAAUGCGCAGGAGAAACAUGCACAUAUCAGACAGCUGUAUAAACUGCUUAUUACCCAGGGAGUGGAUAUCUUGUCUGCAAUGCAGCAACCUAAUUGCUUGAAUGUUUCUGUAAAGAAUCUGAAGCAAGAACUUGCUAGAUUUGAGUAUGAUAACAUUAACUGGAGCUCCAAAGCCGAUAAAUAUGAGGAAGAACUGUCACAGCAUUUCCAACACUGCACCACUCAAGAGGAGAUAAAUGAG